AUGUCAGUGACAGGCUUCAGGUCUGAUGUUCACGACCAACAACCACCACUCAGAUCGUCAGCAGCUGAGAAACCUCAGGAAAUAGCAAAUUUAUUCAACUCGUACUUAAUCUCAGUAUUCUCACCUAGCGCAGAGAUCAUACUUCAGGAUAGCCCUCUGCCAGAUGAAUCUUAUAUGACUGAGUUGUGUUUAACUGUCACCGAAGUGCAGGCUACGCUAAAGGCCCUUGAUGUAACUAAAGCAACUGGGCCGGAUGGAAUCCCUGCCCACUUGCUUAAGGAAACAGCUUUUGUAAUAGCGCCAUCCAUCUGUAAGCUAUUCAAUAAAUCAUUAACUUUGGGUAUUGUUCUGAAUGAAUGGAAAAAUGUUAACGUUGUGCCUGUAUUCAAGAAAGGCGAGACUGACUAUACAGAGAACUAUAGACCGAUUUUGCUACUAUCACAGGUGUCCAAAGUCCUAGAGCGAUGCGUCCUGAACAGUUUCAAAGAACGAUUACGCGAGGUUGUCAAAGAGUGUCAACACGGAUUCCUUGAUGAUAAAUCCUGCACCUCCAAUCUUCUUGAAGUUUUACAUCACAUUGGCUCCCCACUUGAUAAUGGAAGUCAGAUAGACGUAGUAUAUAUGGACAUGUCUAAGGCCUUUGAUAAGGUCUGUUACAAAAACUGA